AGCAACUCUGGCUCGUUGGAAGCACGAGACGAGAUCAGAAGGGCUCGAAGCACUGUCGACCUUCCGUUCUCCAACCACAACUCGCUCAUCGAGUCCCACCCGCACCCGAACAAGAGCAGGAAGGCAAAAAAGAGAGCCAAGACGGAGCUGAGCAGCUCGGGGCAGAUGCUGGAGGAUCGCAGCCGAGAGCCUGCGAGCUCGUUGACUACUCAAGGUGGACAGAAUUUUGGCGAGAGGAGGAGGAGCCUGUCGGAAGUUGUUGCUGCCUGCAACUUUGUGCACGACAAGGAACAAGCGCAGCACGUUGGAGCUCCGCAGGCUGCGAGGAAGGAGUCUCUUCCUCCUCUUCCCCCUCUUCCUCCUUCUGGAAACGAGUUCAGCGCGGCUCGGUUGGCGUCUUCCUCGGGCAUGCGGACAGACGGCUUCCAGCAAUGUCGUCGUAGAGCCGCAAAUAGAGGAAAGAGCACCAGCUACGACAACGUUGCUGACUUUGUCCGCCCCGCCCUCUCCUCUUCUCUUCUUCCUUCCUACCGAGCGAGCGCCUUCGCCGUGCCCAACAGCAUGCUGCGAGCCAACGGGAUGGACUGCCUGCUUGACCGCGACGGAGACUCGGAGAGCGAGAGGAGCAGCAAGUCGCACUACGAGCCAGUCACGCCCGGGCCACGGGCAUGAGGAAGAAGAGGAACUUAUUCUUUGAUAUUGAUCGUAGAGUUUAUUCUUUCACCUUGUAUAUAUCGACACCUGUGAGCUUGACGAUUAGAAU